AGGUCAUCGUCCAUUUAUACUGAAAAAAUUGGCACCACAAAAUGAAUGUAUGAAUCAUUACAGGUUUAUUGAGUCAUUAUUGUGUCUUAUGUAGAGUAUAGUAAGAUACCACUCUCCAGUGCUUUGAUUAGUUUGUGUAACAACCUUACUUUGAAACGUCUGUCUUCCUUAUCUGAAAAAUCUAAUGAACAUGGUUUACAACACUAUCUACCAUUAGGACAUAACUAAGGUAAAAGUAAAAAAACCCAUCUGAACAACCAAUAGCUAAAAAUUAACGUACAGGAGGAAGGAGGGAGUGGGGUGUAACUGAAAAAUUAUCAUAGAGGAGGAAGGAGAAAGCAGAGGAAUCAAUAGUGCUAUAAAUUAUAAUUACUUCAUUAUUGCAACAUCCAACAUGAUGGCGGCACUAACAGCACAGUAAUAAUAAAUACAUUGCAUUCUCUGCUUUGUUCUUGGUGGCACAUAAAUAUUGUGUUGUGCAUUCUCUGUUAUGGCCAGACAGUGACCAAGAGUAGUUAGGUGCAUCUGUGAGAGGCAAAGAGUUUGUGGAAUAGAACAACAUGUCUUCCAAAAUUGUUCACCUAUGCCGAAGAAAAACUGACCAAAAACUAGUAAUCCUUAAAGAAAUUCCUGUUGAACAGAUGACCAGAGAUGAAAGACAGGCUGCUCAGAAUGAAUGCCAGGUCUUGAAGUUACUGAACCAUCCCAACAUAAUUGAGUAUUAUGAGAACUUCCUGGAGGACAAAGCUUUAAUGAUUGCCAUGGAAUAUGCACCAGGUGGUACCUUGGCAGAGUACAUUCAGAAACGCUGUAACUCUCUGUUGGAUGAAGACUUAAUCCUCCACUUCUUUGCUCAGAUUCUGCUGGCCCUGCAUCAUGUUCACAACAAGCUCAUUCUUCAUAGAGACUUGAAAACUCAAAAUAUCCUUCUAGACAAACAUCAGAUGAUUGUCAAAAUUGGUGAUUUUGGUAUUUCCAAGAUCCUCGUCAGCAAGAGUAAAGCUUACACAGUCGUUGGUACUCCAUGUUACAUCUCUCCUGAGCUCUGCGAGGGUAAACCAUAUAAUCAGAAGAGUGACAUUUGGGCAUUAGGUUGUGUUCUGUAUGAGCUGGCAAGUCUGAAACGAGCCUUUGAAGCAGCAAACUUGCCUGCACUUGUACUGAAGAUCAUGAGUGGAACAUUUGCUCCAAUUUCAGACCGCUAUAGCCCUGAUCUGAGGCAGCUAAUCUUAAGCAUGCUCAAUCUUGACCCAUCCAAACGGCCACAGCUGAAUGAGAUAAUGGCACAGCCCAUCUGCAUUAGGCCCCUGCUUAACCUAUAUACUGACAUUGGCAAUGUGAAAAUGAGAAGAAUUGAGAAGCCUUUAUCAGUUCAAUCUGGCUCAAAUCGAAGGCCAACAGGAAGGGUUCCCAGUGCAAGAUCAAGAAGCAAUUUAGUUAAUGCCAGUGGGUCAGGAAAAACAUGUCACCCACCUCCUAUUUCCUUGGUAUAUACCUGGGGCAGCGGGAUCACCAUACCCUUACGUCUACCCAUGCUAAAUACUGAGGUCACACAGGUCUCACUGGGAAGGACACAAAAAACUGGUGUUACAGUCUCUGGACGACUCAUUACUUGGGAGGCUCUAUCCAUCGAUGCUGGAGAUGUUUCCCUCCCUGGGUCUGUGGAUCAUGUUCAACCACAGUUCAUUUCUAGGUAUUUGGAAGGACAGUCAGCAGUGACUAUCAAAUCGGUCUCCUGUGGGGACCUUUUUACAACUUGCAUGACAGACAGGGGUAUCGUCAUGACCUUUGGAAGUGGAAGCAAUGGCUGUCUGGGACAUGGCAAUUUUAAUGAUGUCACUCAGCCUAAAAUUGUUGAAGCCCUGCUUGGAUAUGAAAUUGUCCAGAUUUCUUGUGGAGCAUCACAUGUUGUAGCAGUAAGCAAUGAACAUGAGGUCUUUACAUGGGGACGAGGUGACAACGGUCGGCUAGGUUUAGGCUCUCAAGAGUCCCACAACAGUCCUCAGCAAGUUGCUCUUCCUGCUGAAUAUAAAAUACUUAAAGUGCCUUGUGGCGUUGACUGUUCCAUGAUCCUCACAACUGAUUAUCAAAUACUAGCCUGUGGAAGCAACAGGUUUAACAAAUUAGGGUUAGAUAAAAGUAAUAACUCUGAAGAUCCACCUAUUUCUGAGCAAGUUGAAGAAGUCCACAUUUUCACUCUUGUACAGUCUAACCCCCUCAAUGUGGAGAAGAUCACAUACAUUGAUAUUGGAACAGCUCACUCAGCUGCGAUUACAGAGGAUGGCUUGUGCUAUACAUUUGGCAGUAAUCAGCAUGGCCAGCUUGGCAGCAAUACCCGAAGGAACAGCCGUGUGCCCCAUCUUGUGGCUGGACUUGAGGGUGUCAGAGUCAUCAUGGUAUCUUGUGGAGAUGCUUUCACUGUUGCAAUUGGAGCAGAUGGAGAGGUUUACACGUGGGGUAAAGGAGCAAGAGGCAGAUUGGGGAGAAAGGAGGAGGACACUGGAGUUCCCAGAUUAGUCCAGAUGGACAACAGCUUUCCCUACCUAGUAACUUCAGUUGCAUGUUGCCAUGGCAAUACAAUGCUUGCAAUUAAACCUUUACCAGAGGAGAUGAUUCCCAGAUGAGCACGAACACCAUGUUCUUGGCACAACUGUGACACCAACUGCUUGUUUUCCUUCUUUGGAAAUUAAAGCCACCAGAUGUAUUCCGAAUCCUUUUUAAAAGGCCUGCAGAUUUUCUACUGCUGUCUUUCCAGUGCUUUAUCUCUGGAGACUGCUGUCUUGAUAACUUGCUUCCAGCUGCUGAAGACGAAACAGAAAUAUGAUAAUAUCUUGUUAAAAAGCACAAGCAUCAGGCAGAACAUUUAUGUUCUUGCUGCUACAUGGAUAAAGUCUUUUGACAAAAGAUGAGCUCAGACUGUUUGUGCAAAUCCUGUUUGCAGGGGGAGAACUGGACACUGCGAUUUCUCAAUGGCUGGUAUGAGUAAUGAUUGAUGUUUUUAAUAAGCGAGAAGAUUGUCCAAAUAGAUGGAAAAUUGUCACUGAGCUGGGAGCCCUUUGCUUGAAAUGUAGAUUUGUUUUUAAGUUUUGUUGCAGUCACUUCAAUAUGAAUAUAGCUUCGCAAUUGUUCUAUUAUUUGGCAUUACAAAGUGUUAUUUUUUGUACUUGCAUAAUAUAGUUUAAUGUAAUUGUGUUCAUUGGUUGUGUGUUUGAAGAUGUAUAUUGUUUUUCAUCUCCCAGUACCAUACACCAUAGAAGAAGCAUGUGUGUGACACAGAAUGAAUGUUUUAAAAAUAAUAUUGGUCUGUGUUAGCCAUGCUAGAGCUACCAUUGGAAACUGUAUUUGCUGCCAAAAAUAAUCCUGUCAAUAUUAGACGAUAGAAAAUGUCUUAGAAUUGAUAGGCACCGAUUACAAGGUAAGGUGCAAUUGGUAAUAAGGUUGCAUGAAUUAUGCCACAUUUUAAUAUUGUGAGGAAACAUAUUAGUUUAAAAUUAUAUGGUGUGCUUCUGACUAAUUUGAAAUUCUCGGACGAUGCUGAAAUCUAAAUUGUUAUAGGUUUAAAGGAAAACAAGGGUCCUAGAAAAGAAUUACUUUGGACAUCAUGGCUUGUAUUAUCUUCAUAUAUUUUAUGCUGUGCCUGACAGCAAUGUAAUGAUGGUUUGAAUUUUUGAUAAUAAAAUAAACAGAUGAAUUGUGGGUUAAUAUAUAGAAAGGAUUCACAUUUGCAAGAUUUGCACUUUUCUGCUGUAGACUACCAAAUUGAAUUGCAUUAGGUGCCUUGUUUUAAAAUCAUAUUUCUAUGUGUAUUAUGUUUUUCAUUCAGGUUUUCUUAUAAUGAGUGAUCUGUUUCAUUUGUAAUCUCAUUUUGUUGCAUUAUUUAUAUACUUUUUAUACUUAACAUCUGUAACCAAACCUAAUAAAAUGUUUUUUACUGUUGUUUUGUUCAAGCCUUUUUAAUUUUUGUUCUGUCAAACUAUUAAAAUGUGUGUAUUA